AAAAGAUCUCAUUUAUUGACCGUACUUCAUCUCACUAUGCCAUCGAAACGUCCAAAAUGGUAGAAUCUAUUUCUACUCCGAGCGAAGUAGAAGAGCAAGCAAAUCCAGAAACAAAUCAGCGCCAACAACUCCGAAAAGAACACUACGAGCCAAGCCCAAGCUUCCCAAUCCAGCAUAAGACAUCCUCAUACAAGAAGCCAUAA